GUUACUCUGGUGCAUAGCUGACGUAAGGCCAAUGGUAUAACAUUAUAUGAAAUAUAAGGAGGAAAACUUUCUCAUUCACUUCAAUCAUUCUUCAGAGGAAGAUAGCAGAAGGCUGAGGAUAUUUCGACAUGGCCAAAAAGAAGGAUUAUAGCAGUAUUCCUAUGGAUUCGAUGGAAGACACAGAUUUUUCCCAACUCUGGGACGCCGUUCUGAAAAGGGACACAACUGAAUGUCAAACACUGCUGCAAGGAAAUUCUAACCUGAAGAAAAAACUCAAUAUAAGGAAGAACAAAUCAUCUCUUUUGCAUUUACUUGCAAGUAGAACAACAAAGGAAGAGGGAACUGACAUUGUAAAGUUGCUCCUAGACAACGGGGCCGAUGUCCGAGCAGAAGACAAGGGUAAAAACACACCUCUUCACUUGGCCGCAGAGAGAGGACUGGAAAGUUUCUGCCAAACGCUCAUUGAAUUCCAGGAGGUGCAGGGAUCGAGUUCCAGACUGAACGCGAAGAACGGGAAGGGGAAGACGCCGAUGCACCUGGCGUCCGAAAUGGGUCAUUCCAAAACUGUGAAAAUAUUGCUAGACAAGAAAGCGAAUCCUAAUGUAGUUGAUAAUGAUAAUUUGCUGCCCCUUCAUUAUGCAGUAAUGGAAAAUUACAUUCACUGCUGCACGUUGUUGUUUCCUCUUUAUGCAGGAGACGAAUUUCUUAAGCCAUUCGUGAUAUCCCCGCUCAUGCUGGCCGCUCAGAAGGGAUUUCAUGGAUGCCUUGCAGUGAUGGCUGGGGAGAAGGUAGAUGCCAACAGAAAAGGCCCAAAAGAAAACACAGCAUUACAUGAGGCUGCACAGUCAGGUUAUACACUUUGUGUCAGGGAGCUUGUAGGAAUGGGAAGUGAUAUUAAUGCACAAAACAAAAGUGGAAACACUCCAAUAACGGAAGCAACCAAAAUGGGCGCUUUGGGUGCUGCAAAAUAUUUGGCUGAGAUGAACGCUAAAUUAGAUACCAAGAACAAAGAAGGCAAAAAUCUCCUUCAUUUAGCCACUUGGCAUGAAUCCGGGGAGUGCAUGGACUUUUUCCUAAACAAAGUCACAAAGAAGGAAGAAAUCACAAAAAUGAUUGAUGAACAAGAUUAUCAAGGAUAUACACCUCUUCACUAUGCUCUCAAGGAGAGUGGAGAGACGAAUGCUCUGCUGUUACUGGACGCCGGUGCUUCCCUUAAGAUGAAAUCCAGGAACAACAAUAGGACUUGUUUACACUUGGCGGUAGAAAAUCACAAAAGUGCCGCUGUCCGUAGAAUCUUGGAAAGUGGAGACUUCGAACUGGACGCCGAACUAAGGACUAAAGAGACACCGUUCCUCCUCUCAGCCAAACUAGACUCGGGCGACAUAUGCCUCCAGCUCUCCAAAAAAGGUCCUCAAAAGAAUGCGGUCAACAUGUAUGGGCAGACGGCUCUUCAUCUAUGCGCUCAGUAUGGGCAUCCGUCUGUAAUGAAACUAUUGCUCAAGCUCGGCGUCAAGAAAUUUGUCAAGGAUGAGAAUGGCUCAGAGGCCCUGCACACUGCCGCAGCGAGGGGGGAUGUUGAGUGCUGUCGAUUGCUCAUGGAAGCUGGUAAGAUGAGCUGCAAAGUUCAAGAUAACAGUGGUAGAUAUCCACUCGACAUUGCUUUUGAAAAAGGUCAUCGUGAUGUGUUCAAUUUUCUUCUGAACACUCUGCCCUAUAGGUCUUUCCGAAAGCUGCCCGGUGGACUGCGAAUCGCCAUCCGGUCUAUUGCUCACGUUGCUUUGAAAAACCAAACCAGAUGGGCGGUGGAAGAAGUGAUUAACAGCGAGUUCUGGGAGGCCGGCUUCGGAGCGUCCGUGGUCAGCAAAGCAAAUAGGAAUGUACCUUGCGAUAACUUCAGGAUUCUGAUCACCUGUUAUCCGGAUCUCGCUCGAAAGGUCCUAGACAAGUGCAUCAGCAUCAAUUCCGUCACCAAGAAAACGGUCUAUGACUUCAGGAUUUUUGAAGACGACUUCUUCAUUGAGAAAGAUAUUAAGAAAAGUCCAUUCAACUCAAAAUGGGAGCUCUUACCCGAGGCGGAAGACCUGUAUCCUGAUAAAACAGAGUGGAAAAAAGAACAUCCGGUAAACAUUAUGUCCGGGAAUGAGUUUGUUCAUCUGCUUCAGCAUCAGUUGACGGUGGCAUGGUUAAAACAUAAAUUUGUGACGUACUUGUGGCUUCCGUUUAUACUGAAACUACUCGUUCAGUCCUUUUCUGCUUUGGCGCUCAUGGGGUAUAUGUGGACAGUCAGGACGUGGGAGCAGUUGGCAAGAAAAAAGAACAUGACAGUCGAAGAAAUAUGUGCUGAACAACCGGACUUCCUCAAGGAUACAGACGCAACGAUAGCAUUCUAUUCACUUUCAGUGAUCCUGUUUUUGUGUGAUAUGGUGUUAGAAGUUCUUUACAUGGUGCGCUUACGAGUGUACAAGAACGGUUCCUUUGGAGCAAGAUUCGUUGUCUUGAUUUACGCAGCCUUGACGUUGGCGCUGCUCGUCCCGUUCCCCCACUGCGGCCUGGUCAGCCUGGGAGUAAGAUGGGUUUACCUUUGGGAGUGUGGCAUUUUGUCAAUUCUGAUGAUGUGGUGCCGCUUUGGGAACAAUGUGAACAAAAUACCUUCUGCAUCAGUUUUUACGCCAGUGACUCGGGAGUUUGUGCUUUCCUUUCUCAAGGCCAUGCUUUAUGUACUGAUGGUACUGUCCCUCUUUGCUUACACGUUCUUCUUACUGUUUUCAGACCACGCAGCUUUCAGUUCACUAUAUCAGGCAUGGGUGAAAUCUGUGACGUGGAUGUUUGGAGAUCUCGGUUACGAUGAUACAUUCGUAGAGCAGCCAGUUCACUAUCCAGUCUUCUCUAAUGUUCUUUUCCUCGCUUUCCUGUUAGUGAUUGGUACUGUGAUUGUCACACUGGUGAAGAGUCCUGCAAUUGAUGAAAAAGAAGUGGAACUCCAAAGGCUUAUGGCAUUUGCACAAAUGAUCUUGAAAUUUGACGUGUGUUUUCAGUGCUGUAGAAAAAAGGUAGUUAGCGAUGGAACAACCAAUCUAGGUUUUAUGCAGAAACUGAAGAAAAACAUUUUUGAAGACUGUUAUCGAUUCUGCCGAAGGCGCCAUGUUAUUGGCAGAAUAAAUGUUACUAAAUACAGUUUCGCAUUUGAUCUUCAGAAACGUUUGCUGCAGUAUUUCCUAGGCUCUUGGCUUGUUGAGAAAUCGUUAAACCAAAACAAUGCUGAUGGAGAUUACAGAAAUGAAGAAAUGAAUCGUAAAUUAGAUGAAAUUAUGGGUAUGUGUAAUCGUAUUGCCGACAGUAUUCGAAAGCAUGAAGAUGAAAUUUCACGGCUAACCCAGAGGCAGCUGGAAAACUAAACACCUGCAUACAGUAGAACAGCUCAAAAGUUUGUUAUACCGAGUUUCUAUUCGCACUUGUAUAACAUUAUACAUUUAUGUUUUACAUUGUUGUAGUUCUAGAUUUACAUAAUUUUACAUGGUGAUUAAUUGUUAUUAGCAGGGUAACUGGAUGUUGCAAAAAUAUAUGGUUAAAUUAUGAGAAAUUUUACAAUAGUAUCUCACAUGCUAUAUAAACCGUGGUAGUAGAGACAUUUGUCUCCACGACUUUCUAAACCUUUUUGUGCGCCACGAACACGGCAAGAAUUAUAAGUCGGAGAACAUCCCAUUAUAAAUUGUGAGUGCUUUGUGCUACUGAAUAUGGGUCUUCUGCCCAUCACUGCACAUCACUUAUUAACCUAGACAGACUCUGGUGGAUGGCGUGACUUGGAAUGUUAACGAUUUUGUUUUCUCUUAUUUGUUAUCUGGUUAACUGCCCAUUCUUUUAUUAAUAGACAUUAGACAUAAAGUUUGAUAGAGUUAUGUCUUCAACAUACAUGCAUAGGGUUAUGCAUGGAAAACAAAAUACUUUUAGUGUAAAAUUAGAACGACGAGAUUCCCCUGCAGGACUCUUUCUAGUCUAACUGUCCAAGCCCAAGCAUCAAAGCUUACAGAAAGAGUUAGAGAAUACUGAUACCUGUAUACAUCUUGAAUUAUUCCCAACUCUGUUUUAGUAUAGGUUUUCGGGCAUUCCAUAAUAUACGGGCCCCUUCCACAUUUCUACCCUACAGGCUAUUGACUUGCUCCAGAAAAUUUAAUCUUAGAACAGGGAGAAGUCUCCCACGAUUGCCGUGUGUGUCAACCUGUGCCACUAGUAGAAAUAACUGGGGCUUAACUGAUUCGGAAUACAGCGCCCUGCAGCUUGUAAUUGGCCCCUUUUAUUCUUUAGCGUAGUCAGAUAUGCAGCUUGAAUUUUAAAUCAAUGUUAAGGUUUAGAUAGCUGUUUCCUAACCACCCUUUUCAAGCUCAGGAGAUGAGGCUUGUUUUAUAUGUCUGCUCAUAAUUGACUGAAUACCUUUGCGCCGCGAUGUCUUGUGUUUAUGACUGAGGGAAGCUAUGGAUAGCGGACAGAGUUGGUUGGCUGUGUGUGCUGUCGAGACUGGUUGUUGAAUGUAAAGUAAUUUUCGCUAUCUAAACAUCACUUGUAAAGGAAUGUUACAUUAAACUGUGAUAUAAU